CUGAGUCGACUCACCUGUCCCGACACCGAAAGACUUCCCUCCAGAGCUGAACACCUGAAGCAACGGAAGAUUAGAGAGGGACAAGAAAACGAGAGGAACGAGAAGAAAAGUGCCCGGGCGGAGGAAGAAGGGAUAACCGACACCUGGUCUCCUUCCCCGUUUCCUGCUUUUGCAACUGUUACCUGGCCCGGCCGCGGGGGAAGCCGUUUCUUCUUCAGAGGGAAGAAAGUGGACACUUCGGUCGCUGAAGGAAAAAUGCCAAGAGCCUUUUUGGUGAAAAAGGCGAGCGUUUCGCCGGGAAAGCGGAACUGGAGUGAACUACCUGACCAUGAGCGAGGGGACGUCUACAUCCCAGUCUCCAUCUUUCCUCCAUCGGCCCUGUCGUCGGAAGCUGAGGCGAGCCCGGCCGAGAUCGUUCCCCUGUGCCUCAGCAAGCAUUCCCUCACUGAGACGCGGGCUGAGCUCCCGUCAAGCACCACGCUCGGCCAACCUCAGAGCCCAGAUGGUUCUCCGCAAGGGAGGUGUGACAUCAGGAAGAGGUCCCAUGGUGGCUCAACCUAUGUCAGAUCCAAAAUCAAGGUAACUACAGGAGAGUUGCCACCUGACCCCCCCUCUGUCCCUCGUCCUCCCACUCCACCACCUCUGGCAUCACAUGCUACUGAGAUGCUACCGGCUACUCCUUCAGAGGCGGUCUGCAUGGCGACCAGAUCAUCAGAUCAGAGUCAAAAUACUUCCACAACAGCCCCCGCAGGGUUUGUCUGCCAGAUUUGCCAGAAGACUUUCCAGUACCAGCGUAUGUUGAACAGACAUGUCAAGUGCCAUAACGAUACCAAGAGACACCUGUGCAGCUUCUGUGGCAAAGGCUUCAAUGACACCUUCGACCUCAAGAGACACGUACGCACACAUACAGGCGUCCGCCCGUAUAAGUGCACCCUCUGCGACAAGGCCUUCACCCAGCGCUGCUCUCUGGAGUCCCACAUGAAGAAGAUCCACAGCGUCACCCUGAAGUACGCCUACAAGGAGCGACGCAACAAGCUGUACGUGUGCGAGGAGUGCGGCCACACAGCGGGAACUCAGGACGACCUGCUGGUCCACCUCCACUCGCUGCACCCUGACAGCACCCUGCUGAAGGGGAAGGCUGCCAGGAGGGGAGGAGGUGCAAGAGGAGCUGAGGCAGGCUCUGCCGGCGGGUCGACACCAGGUUCUCCUCAGGAAGGAGACAGUGAUGAUACCACUGGCUCAGCUGGGCAAUAG